AUGAAGUUGAAGGAAGCGCUUCUUCUUGGUUUAAAAAUACCUCAAGAUCAUAUCAUUAUUGAAACGGAAAACAUCAAAGGUGACGAUCAAGAGAAUCGAGAAUCUCCCGCACAAUAUCGUUUAACAUGUCCAGGAACAAGUGAGUGUGUGUCGCUUCGAGAAUGUCCCCAAAUUCUAGCGGAGGCAACAAUGAGAUGUUAUAACAGCGAUCGAUCUUUGUUUUGUGGUGUUAAUCAAAAAUUCGAGCCUUUUAUUUGUUGUCCAACUUAUCAAUCUCCAACUUAUGUUGCUGAAAGUACAAACAAUCUCAAUAAUUACGACAAGUUAAGUGGAUCAUGUGGCAGAAGUUUAGUUCAAGGAUCAUCAUAUAAAAAACUCGGAGCUUAUCCAUUCGUUGCAAGAAUUGGUUUCAAAAAUGUUAACACAGGUCAUUUAGCUUAUCCUUGUACGGGAUCAAUCAUUUCAAAAAGAAUUGUAUUGACUGCUGGUCACUGCGCACUAGCCAAGGCGGAUGGUCACCGUCUUUCAUCAGUGCGUAUCGGUGAAUUUGAUUCUACAAAAGACCCAGAUUGUGCUGAUUCAGGUUUUUGUGCACCAUCAGCAAUAAACCAUGCCGUGUCUCAUGUCGUAGUACAUCCCGACUAUACAAAUGGACAAUAUCACCAUGACAUUGCUUUACUUAUUCUCAGAACACCGAUUAAUUAUACUGUCGCAGCUCAACCGAUUUGCCUUCAACGCGAUCGAACAAAUUUGGUGGUCGGAAAGCGUGCUUUAAUCAUUGGUUGGGGGAAAGUUUCAUUAUCAACUAUCAGAUCACCAGAAAUGCAAUACAUGGAUAUCCCUUUGGCAUCAUGGGAUCAAUGUUUGCGAGUUUAUAGUGCAUCAGGUGCAUUAGACUCACAGAAAUCUAUUGAAGGACAAUGGAUGUGUGCAGGUGGUGAAGGUCGAGAUGUUUGUCAGGGAUUUGGUGGUGCACCACUUUUUAUAACAGAAAAUGGUAUAACUAACCAAAUUGGAAUAAUGUCAUUUGGAUCAGAGAACUGUGGAGGAUUGAGGGUUCCAAGCGUGUACACAUCUGUAGCUCACUUUUAUAAUUGGAUACAAGAAAAUAUUCCAAUUGAGUGAAUCACAUC